AUAAGGUGACAGUGAAUUCGUGCCUUGACGUCACACGUUAUCCGUUGCCGAAGGUCGAUGACUUGUUCGCGGCUCUUUCGGGAGGCACGCAGUUUUCAAAGAUUGACCUGAACCGCGCUUAUCAACAAGUGGUCAUGUCUGAUGCCUCAAAGCAAUACUUAACCUUGAAUACGCACAAGGGAUUGUUUGUUGUCAACAGAUUACCUUUUGGAAUCGCUUCCGCGCCGGGGAUUUUCCAAAAGAUAAUGGACACGAUGUUGAAGGACCUUAAGGGUGUUUGCUGCUACCUAGAUGAUAUUUUGGUAACUGGGAAGACAAUAGAAGACCACUUGGCUAAUCUCGAAGCACUGCUGGAGCGUCUUCAAAGCCGUGGCGCCCGGGUAAAGAAAGAGAAGUGCUCGUUUUUUCAAAGCGAACUUCACUACCUUGGCCACAAAAUCAGCGCUGAAGGAAUUUCCCCAUUGUCAGAUAAGGUUGACGCACUUCUCCAGGCACCAGAGCCGCAAUCAAAGAAGCAGCUUCAAUCUUUGUUGGGCGUUGUCAACUAUUACAGCAAGUUCGUGCCCCAGUUAGCAACAAUAGCUCAACCGUUUUACAGACUUCUGCAGAAAAAGGUAGCGUGGCACUGGGACGAGCAUGCUAGAAAAGCGUUCAACCAAGUAAAAGCUCUAUUGGCACAACCGCCUACGCUCGCACACUAUGACCCUGAAAGACAACUUAGGCUGUCAUGCGACGCGUCGCCGUAUGGUGUAGGAGCAGUCCUAUUUCAUGUCUACGAUGACGGAAGGGCACGGCCCAUUGCUUACGCUUCAAGAACGCUGUCUGAAGCGGAAAAGAAAUACAGUCAACUGGAAAAGGAAGCGUUAGCCAUCAUUUUUGGUAUAAAGAAGUUCCACUUCUAUCUUUAUGGGCGCUCAUUCACCUUGGUCACAGAUCAUAAACCUCUUCAAACAAUAUUGGGCCCGACAACCGGAAUUCCCACAAUCGCGGCUGCUCGUUUGCAACGCUGGGCUGUUACGUUGGCAGCGUACUCGUACAAUCUUAUCUUCAAGAAAUCGAGCGAGAACGCGGAAGCCGAUUUCUGCUCGCGUCUGCCGCUGCCAGAUCUUGAAACGGAAACCAAAGAAACAGAAGAAGCAUUUUAUUCCUUGCGAUUGGACUCGUUGCCUGUUUCUAGUCGAGAUAUCGCGACUGCCACGAGUAAAGACCGAAUUCUUUGUCAAGUGAAGGAAUUCACAAAUGUGGGAUGGCCAACGUCGAUCACGGAUGAGCAGUUGAAGCCUUUUUUUCGCAGGUGCAACGAACUGACGGUGCAUCAGGGAUGCGUCAUGUUGGGCACAAGAGUAGUCGUCCCUGCAAAGCUGCAAGGCUUCGUUCUCGACGAACUCCAUGACGGCCAUCCCGGCAUCGUGCGCAGCAAGGAACUAGCACGCAGCUACGUGUGGUGGCCAACUCUUGAGGCGGACCUCGAACUUCGUAUCAGAAGCUGCGCUAGUUGUCAAGAGCAACGUAACGCUCCAAUCAACGCACCUCUUCACCCUUGGUCAUGGCCAACCUCACCGUGGCAGCGUGUUCACAUUGACUUUGCGGGACCUUUUCAGAAUACCAUGCUUUUAGUGGUGGUAGAUGCACAUUCUAAAUGGCCAGAGGUUUUCGAAAUGCGAUCGACAACUACAGAAAGCACGAUUCGUUGUUUGACCGAGCUCUUCGCACGUUUUGGUUUCCCUGAAACAAUUGUUUCCGAUAAUGGACCUCAAUUUGCUUCGCAGGAGUUCAAGCACUUCGUGCAGGCAAUGGGGGCGCGGCACGUCCUCACGGCUCCCUACCACCCCAGCUCCAAUGGGCUGGCAGAGCGUUUCAUUCAGACCUUAAAGAAUGCGCUCCGCAAAGACGGCACAGGAGAAACACUGCAGUACGUGCAACCACCCCGAGGGGCACCUUCACCUGGCGUCGCCACCAGGAUCAGCUGCUACAGAGGCCUGCAGAGGACGUUACCCCUAGGCAUGGAACAGCUGGUGAAGUUACGACCAGCGAGUUCCUGGUUUUUCCCGAGACUGACGACGCACCAGUUCCUUCAAGUCCACAACCGUCCAGGGUAACUCCGGUUACGCGACAGGCAACUCCAGCACCCGCCGAGGCAGGACGCUACCCCGUGCGAAAUCGUCGCCCACCAGAUAGAUUCCAAGCUGGACUCUGACUGUGUGCUUUAUUAAAAGGGGAGGUGGUGUUGUAUCGGCUGGCGCUCAAUUGAUAAGAGCACUCUGCGAAGUGCGCAUGCGCCACUAAGUAUUAAAAGCAGAGUCGCGCUCGCUAGCGGCCUCCUUCUUGCCCGAGCCACGAACCCACAAGCAUGGGUUAAUAAACGUCGUUCACCCGGAACUUGUCUGAUCCUUUUCGGCACGUCUGGC